ACAGCCGCCCCCUCCCGCCGGGCCGGGCGGGGUGGGCUCCGCAGCCGAGAUGUCUCAGGAGCGGCCCAAGUUUUACCGCCAGGAGCUCAACAAGACGGUGUGGGAGGUGCCCGAGCGCUACCAAAACCUCUCCCCGGUCGGGUCCGGGGCCUACGGCUCCGUCUGUUCUGCCUUUGACACAAAAACUGGGUUGCGAGUGGCUGUAAAGAAGCUGUCCCGGCCAUUUCAGUCUAUCAUCCAUGCCAAAAGGACCUACCGAGAGCUGCGGCUACUGAAGCAUAUGAAACACGAAAAUGUGAUUGGCUUGCUGGAUGUGUUCACCCCUGCCAAAUCGCUAGAAGAAUUCAAUGAUGUGUACUUGGUGACACACCUCAUGGGAGCAGAUCUAAACAACAUUGUGAAAUGCCAGAAACUCACAGAUGACCACGUGCAGUUCCUCAUAUACCAGAUUCUUCGGGGGCUGAAGUACAUCCAUUCAGCUGACAUAAUACACAGAGAUUUAAAACCUAGUAACUUAGCUGUAAAUGAAGACUGCGAGCUAAAGAUCCUGGAUUUUGGCUUGGCUCGACACACAGAUGAUGAGAUGACGGGGUACGUGGCUACCCGGUGGUACAGGGCUCCUGAGAUCAUGCUGAACUGGAUGCAUUACAACCAGACAGUUGAUAUUUGGUCAGUGGGAUGCAUUAUGGCUGAACUGUUGACUGGAAGAACGUUGUUCCCUGGUACAGACCAUAUUAACCAGCUUCAGCAGAUCAUGCGUCUGACGGGAACGCCCCCUGCGUAUCUCAUUAACAGGAUGCCCAGCCACGAGGCGAGAAACUACAUUCAAUCUUUAUCUUACAUGCCGAAAAUGAACUUUGAAAAUGUGUUUAUUGGUGCCAAUCCAUUAGCUGUGGACUUGCUAGAGAAGAUGUUGGUACUGGAUACAGACAAACGAAUUACUGCAGCAGAAGCGUUGGCUCACGCCUACUUUGCUCAGUAUCACGACCCAGAUGACGAACCAGUGGCAGACCCCUACGACCAGUCCUUUGAAAGCAGAGAGCUUGAGAUUGAGGAAUGGAAAAGCCUGACUUACGAUGAAGUAAUCAGCUUUGUGCCACCGCCACUUGACCAAGAGGAGAUGGAGUCCUGAGAAACUGCUCUCUUCUCUUUGUCCCACUUCACUGUGAGGGGAAGGCCUUUUUGUAGGGACUCUCCAACUAUCAUUCAAGUGCCUCGCCACAACAAUAUUCUCCUUGGUGGAAGGGUUUUGUGUGUGUUGAACUGGGGAGGGUGGGGGGAGGGAGGAAAGCUGAGUCUAUGUAAACAUGCUGCAUGCUCUCUUGUGUUCUGUGUACGGCCUGGAGCAAGUCUCUGAAGACCUGUUCUGACUGCUCUUUAGUCCUUCCACAGGAAGCUUCAGCUGGUUUGUGCUGCUGGGGUGAGGAGGGGAAGGUGACAUUCAAAGUUUGGUUACAGUUGUUGCCAUUUAUCAGUUGUUCUACAACUAACCUCAAAAUAAGGAAAGUUGGUUCAUAGCCUUAGAGAGCCCUCUGUUUUCUUUGGGAGUGAAUGUAGGGUUGAGGGAUGUCCUCCUUCCAUGCUACGGUGACUGAUUCGCAUCCAGAUCUUCCUGGUACAGGAGAACGUACAGGUUUUCUGACAAAUGUCUGAUUCUUGGAACGUGAAAAGAUUUUGUAUGAAACUGUAAAUAUGUUUGUGCCUUAAAUGAAUGGGGAAAGAGGGGGAAGGAAGUCUGGAGUGGAAGUGUCUGGCCCUGCUGUUUUUCAGGGUGAAGGCUCCCAGACAGCCAGGCAUGAACUCUGUGUGUUCAGGAAACAACUUUCCGAGGCAACAGCCUCUCCUUGGAUUGGUAUUCCAUAUUUUUCUCCCUCUUUCCCUCCUCUAGUUGUGCAGUUUGUCAGCAUUAGCUCCCAGGAGAUGGAGGCUGGAGAAGAUUCUUGCUAGCCACGUUUGCGUAUCUUGUUCCUUAAAAGGUGGGGUGUUCUUGCAUGUCAUAGCUGUAUGCGCAUGUAGAGCAGCUUGGUGUUUGUUGUUACAUUGUGGGGGUGGCACUGGGGCAGUUAAAUCAUCAGUGAACUGUUCACUGAGUACCUCAGCCAGUGCCACAGAAUCACAGCAUCCUUCCUCUUGUGCUGCAGCUCAGCGUGAAAUAUCUGCCAGUGUGGAGACUGUCGAGAAAAGGGUAAAACAUAAAGCAUAGAAAUGCACAUUGUCCUUUGUUCUGAUCUGGCUUGAGGAGAGAUUGGGAUGGAGGGCUUCUUGUGAAAUCAAGUGUGAAAAAUGUUCUUUGAAGAAACAACUGUGGCAUCUUGUGCCAGAAUUUAUUUCCUGAAAUUUUUUUUCUAAAGAUGUUGGAAUCCAAAGCAAAGAAAUAAGCAUGCAUAAAAACACAAUCUCCCUGUCGCUGUCUAUAUAGGUAUUUAUAUAAUAUAAAACUAACAUUUACUAGAGGAUCUUUUUUACCCUCACAGAUAAGAGCUUCUUGGCUGCUUGUUAGCAGGUGGAGCUCUGCUUGAGGAAAUGGGAGAAGGGAGUAUGUUUGGAUACAAACGUGACAAAAAUACUGGUAUUUUCCAGGACUCUACGUGAACUUAAUGCCCAGUUAGCUACUGGCAGGAGGGGCUCUUUCUGUGCUUUUUUCUGUGCUACAACUAUGCUGUGGAUCUCAGGAGCCUGAUUGUAGGAUUUGGGGAGGAGACUUUUUAGACAUUUAUCUGUUGCAGGCGUCCUGUACACGCGACAUAGCAGCUGUGUGAGUGAGGAGAAGGGCUUUUGCAGUAUUUUGCAUUCUUGUUACCUACGGGGUGGAGAGGAACUGUUUGUAGUAUUUUUACCAUGUGUCUGAAGAGGUGGCACAAAGGGAUGGGACACAAAAGAUGAAGCCAUUGAUUCUUGCUAGGCUACUUUCCAGUGAUCUCUUCAGGUCAACGUUUUACAAAGUCUGGGGUGAGAUGAACAGGCGCUUUGUGCUCUGUGAUAACGCUCUCUUCAGACCAACAAACUAGAGAUAAAACCUCCCUGCUGGACAAGCAGUCCAGAUAUUCAAAUGAAAAAAUGUAGAUAGACUCUGUAAACCUACAGCAGGAUUAUUUUUAUCAGCCAUUUUACGUGUAGAUGCUACAGUGUGAUUCCAUGUGGAAAUACUGCUAAAGAUUUUUAAAAUACAGAUGCUGUGUGUAUGUGUGCGUCCGUGCGUGCGAGUGGGAAGGUUUCAUUCACAGCCCUGCUCUGAGGGAGCCGCGUGGCGCUCCUGCGUGCAGCGCAGUGCUGCUGGGCCGCCUGCAGUCUGAACAGGAGGAUGCACUUCAAAGAAGAGAUCUGCUAUUUCGUUUCUAUCCAUGAGUUGUGUUGUAAUUGGUUAUGCUGGAUAAGAUGUCACAAUACCACUGGUUAAAAAUAAAACCUAUUUUUCAGA